CCACGGCUUUAGUGUCAUUACUUGAUUUGCCUUUCUUUUAUAAGUCUGGUCACUUUUUCCUCGAUUACUACCUUGUAAAAGUUUGUAUAUGGAAGCGUUCGGGGAGUGUGGUGGUCGUUGCCCACCCGGCCGAUAGUGCACCUGCCGAUGGCAACAGGUGGAAUAGGUUUUCAUAAACAGUUUCCUGCAGAGCAACGGAGCCUCAGCGGUAGGCGCGGUGUCAUUACGAUGUACUUAAGUAAUAGAUAUGAGGCCCCAGCGCGGGAGGGCGGAGCUGCUCGUGGGAGGGGCCCGCCACACCUGUGCAGGUGAGCCGAGUGCUCCACUGUGUCAUUGUCACGGAGAACGCAAAGGAGCUGGUCACUCGUCGGGUAAAGGAGUAAUGUGCCGUGAAGCGCACGGUCCAUUACGAAAAAAAAAAACACAACAACCACCACCAACAAGUGCGCCUAAGCUUAGAUGAUUCGCUUUACGUUUGACAGACCGACACGAAGAACUCGCACCUUGGGGAGCUGCCGAACCAAAUCAGCUACACAUCUGACGGACACUGGGUGUAGUUCGGAGCUGGUGAAAGAAGACGUUUGAGCGAGGGCAGUCAUCAUCAAGGAUUUUAAAAUGGGUCGCAAGUCUGCGAGAAAUGAUUUUGAGUGGGUUUAUACUGACCAGCCGCACACUUCCAGGAGGAAAGAAAUCAUAGCUAAGUACCCACAGAUCAAGGCGCUCAUGGGAGCAGAUCCCCAGCUAAAGUGGAUCGUCUCUGCUAUGGUGCUCACGCAGCUGCUGGCCUGCUACUUGGUGAGGACGCUCUCCUGGAAAUGGGUGAUCUUCUGGGCUUACGCCUUCGGUGGCUGCAUCAACCACUCUCUGACCCUGGCGAUCCAUGACAUCUCUCACAACGUGGCCUUUGGCAACAAGCAUGCCCGCUGGAACCGCUGGUUUGCAAUGUUUGCCAACCUGCCCAUUGGCAUGCCUUACUCUGCCUCCUUCAAGAAGUACCACAUAGACCAUCACCGCUACCUAGGAGGCCACGGUCUGGAUGUGGACAUCGCUACUGAUUUAGAAGGCUGGUUUUUCUGCAGCCCGCUCCGCAAGCUCCUUUGGCUGUUUUUACAGCCCCUCUUCUACGCUCUGAGGCCGCUGUACGUCAACCCCAAGCCGGUGACCAGGCUAGAAAUGCUGAACGCCGUUGUGCAGUUUGCCGCUGACCUGCUCAUAUAUUACCUGUGUGGUCUGAAGGCCGUGGUCUACCUGGUAGCGGGUUCCAUUCUCUGCAUGGGACUCCAUCCUAUUUCUGGCCACUUCAUCGCGGAGCAUUACAUGUUUUUGAAGGGCCACGAGACCUAUUCGUACUACGGGGUGCUGAACCUUCUCACGUUCAAUGUGGGCUACCACAUGGAGCACCACGAUUUCCCUAGCAUCCCAGGCAGCAAGCUACCAGAGGUCAAGAAGAUUGCCGCUGAAUUCUACGACCACCUACCCCAGCACACCUCCUGGGUCCACGUCUUAUGGGAUUUUGUAUUUGAUGACUCCAUUGGGCCAUACGCCCGGGUGAAACGGCACUGCCGACUGGUUGCGCAGGACUGACUUCUGCCCAACUGCACCCUGCCUUAGAAGCAGGACAUCACAUUAUCUAGGUAUGCGAGGUGGUCUGUCAUUGGACACGGUGUGGAAGCAGCAGGCAGGCGAGACAGAAGGAUUGUGUAAGAAAUGACUAGUAACUGGUUGACUGGCACUACAUUUCUGUUCCAUUCACACAUCCGAUGGGCCUCCUUGGUCAAUUCUUUCAUUUAGAAGAAUUUAUCACUCCUUGAAAUGCCAUCCCUUUUCUUUUCCAGGUUUCAGUAAAUCCCAGCAGCCAGUGAUUCUUCAGUGGUCCAAAAACACAAA